AGGAGCGUCGGAGCAGCUAACGUCAAACAACUUCGGUUACACCGCGGGCAGACUGCGUUCCUCACAAAACCAGGUUGUGGUACGUUUGACAGGUUCCUCAGGUGGAAUCUUUCUUUGCCCAUUAGCAGAAUAAAAGUCCAAAGGGGAGUUGUGAGGGGAGCUCCGUGUCCAACCCCUUUCCCUAUACAGACAUCCGGCCAGUAUGUCCAGUGACCCUCCUCCUCCGUACCCAGGAGGUCCCAGUGCCCCUCUCAUUGAGGAGAAAAAUGGACAACCUGUAAGAACUGCUCCAAUACAGGGACAGCCCUUGCCUCCAGACUAUGGUCCUCCACCCUAUGAGGCCUCACAGCCAGGCUUCCUUCCCCCACAUGUCCCUGGAGAAGGGCCCAUGCCCAUGCCAAUGCCAAUGCCUCCACCACCACCAGGUGGCCCCUACCCACCUCCGCCCGGUCACUUUCCUCACCCAAUGCCAGGACAGAUGGGUCCCGGUCCCAGUCAAUUUGUCCACAUGGGAGGUCACACAGCGACCGUCCUGGCUCCUCCAGGAGCAGCCACCACUGUGACCGUCCUGCAAGGGGAAAUGUUCCAGACCUCACCAGUGCAAACCGUGUGUCCGCACUGUCAGCAGGCAAUCAUCACCCGCAUCUCCCAUGAUGUCGGACUCAUGAACACACUUUUCUGCCUCUUCUGCUUCUUUGUAGGAUGUGAUCUCGGCUGCUGCUUGAUUCCCUGCCUGAUUGAUGACCUCAAGGAUGUGACACACACCUGCCCGUACUGUAAGGGGUACAUUUACACAUACAAGCGUAUAUGCUAACCACCGACAGCAGUAUGCUACAGAGACAUGUACAUGCACACACAUAAACUCACUGCUCCUCCUGCUGGUAGUGACAGGCUUUCCCCCCAUUUUUGCAAAGUGUUGUGAAGCCCUCUUAAAUUGUAAGUGCAGUUUUCUCAUUAGUUCACAGAAUAUUUACUGUAUAUAUCGUUCAGCAGAAUUUGUUCAUGUAUAAAGAUGCAUUUGAAAUGUACAAAUCUCAUUGAAUUACAGAAGAUGUAGGGCAUGAAAACAUCUGCCGAUAUGGUGGAUGUGGAUUCCGUGUGGAAAACUGGAGAAAAGGCUCGUGAUUUUACGUUACUUGAAAAAGACAGACAGCCUCAGUGAGAGAAAGCUGUGAAAACGGUCACUUUGUUCAUUUGAAAUCAUAUGUGAAUCUUACUGAGAAGCAGGUGUAUUGAAGUCAAACAUGCUGGGUUAACUUUUUUCUUCUCUUAUUUAUUUCAAAUAUUUUAUCCACUAUUUUAAUAAGUUAACACUGAGAACUGUUUCGUUCAUGUCUGAUGAUUUUGUUCUAUCAGACCUAGGUUUUCCUUUUAUCGUUAUCCCUCUUUGAAUGUGAGCAAGCUAACGAACCAUUUUCAGCUUUGAGUAUUAAUCUUCUGGACGUCAGUCAGAAGGCACAAAAUGUUUGGUGAUUUGCGGUGGAGCGAUUCUGCGUUAAUGCCCUCCGUGCGCAAUGUGGUACUUAAUUUUGAUGAUGAAGCCAAAAUUUGCACUUUAAGUUGGAAUUCCAAUUUCCCCUUCUGAUGCAUUAAAAACUACCAACCUCAGCUAUCAUUAGUCUGUUAGAGAUUUUGGCUUUGAGGAGAAAAAAAUGUGAGCAGUAUAUACUUUUGGCUUUUACUUGGGUUUGUUGUUAGCUGAUUAAAUCCCACCAUACUUGCACUUAUUCAGAGUAGAGUAGACUCAAAUAGAGCUAGCAGACAGAGUUUUACUGUUACUCAUGGAGACACACUGCAUGACAUCUCAGUUAUCUUGUGUCCUCUCUCUGGCCCUUGUGUCAGUUUGAUGCACCGCUCCACACUAGAUCAUCUCCUCACUGAUACUGUUGGCUGAUGGUUAGUUUUUCAGUGCCACAGUAAAAAGUAGCUAGUUUAAAGUAGAAAAGUAUUUUUGCAAACAAAUGACAGUGGUGGCGCCAUGAUCACAUACAGUAACACUGUUUAACCUCUAACCUUUCUAAUAUGGUAUCAACCCUUAAAGAGUACCUGCAUUGCUCAGAUGCAUGUUAGAUAACAGAGAUGUCUUUUGACUAAUACUAAAUAGUGACCUCUCUGCUAGGAAUAAGCUUCAAAUAAAUGAUUGUAUUAGACAUCUUGCAAAAUGACAUUGUGGUUCCAUUGAGAUUCCUACUAACAACGAAACAACCAUUGUCCCACCACAGCAUGCCCAAACUGCCAUUCACUCACCAAGUGCAGAGUUGUUCUGCAUGAGCCACACAUCAAAAUGAAUAAUUCUCACUGGCUAGUUUAUUGACUCUGUGCAUUUAAUUUUUUUUCCCUGAGGCUAGCUAAGCUGUGCAAGAAAGUCAAUUCUGAGUUGAAGGUUUGCAUUAAACUUUUAAUACAAAGUACUGUAUGCCAUUGUUGUGAAUGAUGCUGGUCCGCAUUGCUCUAAAUGUCUGUGAAAUGUAUAACUAUGUAAGUCAAAAUUUGUUUGACUGUUGUAUACAGGUACUAUUUUAUCAAUAAAAAUCAGAACAUGA